GUGUGUGUGUGUGUGUGUGUGUGUGUGUGUGUGCGCCUUAUAAGCAAUAGUAUAUUCAUUCAGUAGUCUAUGGCUUAUUUAUAUGAAUAUGGCAAGUUAAUUUUAAUUAGGAUUUAUGUGAGGUUAGGAUGAAAUAAAGAAAUCGAAAAAAAAUAUCCACUACAAUAAAUAGUAUAUUAUUAAUAACAUAUUAGGAAAUUCCAAAUGUAUCAUUAAAACCAAAUAUCUCAUUCAGAAAAUUGGCAAAAUUUUCUGGUUUUCCUGAUGGAAAAGGCUUUAAGGAAUUUACAUUCAUGUGAACCAGAGUUUCUUUCAACUCACUGCAAGUGCAGUAAUAAGCAUGUUCCUUGGCAAAAAGUUGCUUUGCAAGUUCUAUCUGAUGGUUGUUCAUAAGCAUUUCAUUUACCACUACAACUAGAGGUUUUUUAGCUCCAAGAACUUCAAGACAACUUCCUGCUCCAGCAUGACUUAACACCAGUGACGAAUCUUGAAUAUCUUGAAUUAUAGAAUCUUUAAAUCGAAAAUAUUCUACGUCCAUGCCUUCAAUACAUCCUACUUCUGGAAUGUUUCCAUUCCCAAUUUGCAGAAGUAAUUUCUUAUAUCCGCGACGCUUCAAAAUCUGAAACAAAAUAUUAUUUAUGAUGAAAGUUUUACAACGUAAUACAAACGGAACUGUCGUCUGCUAAGAAAAUAAAAUGAAAUGGAUAAAAUUUUAGAGGGAUCUUCCACAACUUAAUAAGUUUGGGGCCCUACUAUUUUUAAAAUGACACUUCUUGCAAAGUGGAAGUAUCCUAACCAAAGUGGAAGUAUCCAGACCACAAAUAAGACUUUAUGCAAUAAUAACUGAAUAUUUAUUUAGUGUUGGGAGAUGAAAAUUAUAACCAAUCUCAAGAGCACUUCAUUCUGUUAAGAUCAAUAGUUUUUGUGCAUGAGAUGUAAUAAAUUAUUUUGACUUGGCGUUCACAUUUCCAUUUUAGCCAUGUAUCUGUUCCAACUUGUAGCUCAAGUACCGCGAGAUAUUAAUUCCAACUCUGUAACUCAAUUCUUGAAAAACGAGGGAGACGCUCUUAAGAGCAAAUACUAGAGAUAUAUAGUAUACAGACUGUUUAGACUAGAGAUCCCCUUCCCCCACUGAAGACAGAAAGCGUGCUCGAAAAAAAUCCACUUUCAAAAUCAUCUUUCACAUUUUUCACUCUCAGGAGUAUCUUCAAUCGCAACCUAAAUUCAAACGAAAUUGAAAAUCCAACGUGAUUAUGGACUUGAGUAACAGAAAUACUUUGAUGUGCGAUGCACAUUUACAAUUACGAAGUGCAAUGCAAACAUCGGGGUAUUGUCAAAAUUCACUUAAUGUAAUAAUUAGGAACAGACAUGUACUGAGUGUGUUAUCUUCUUCAGUAGUAUACAACGUUCUUUGUUGAAUUCGUUGUUUUGUAAUAUUUUCAGUUGUUUUCGUAUUGUCUCGUGUGCUGUCAACAUUACUGUCCUGAGUUAUCUGUAAAUAAUUUGUCAGUGACGUGUGCAGCACGGUCCUACGUUUUGGUUUGCUUCAAGGUGCAUUUGGUGUAGCCAGGCGCCACCCACCGAGAGGCGAUUCAGGGUGACAAUCACAUGGCUAUUCUGUGUAACUCUACGCGAGCGACGACGUAUGCAGAAGACACAAAGUAACCAAUGUUAGUGCCGGUAUUCUGGAUAAAACAAGCAAAUUUCACUAAAACCUGUCCAGUCGCCAUUUUGGCACACACAUCGCAAAGGCUUGUGGUUUUCCGAGGAAUGGUAUUGAAUUCCUACAAUCUAGAACUUGGUGUCAAUACUUCAAUAUGAGUUGAUUCUUUCUGGUGUUUCACCAGAUAGUGUAUGCUCAUGGAAAACAUUAAAUCGAAAAUAUUUAAAUAUUUUUAACAGUUUUUGAAAAAAUUUGGAGUGAUGGGUGAUAGAGUGACUGCACCGGCUCCCUCAUCGAAACAUCGACCAUGGGAAUCAGCCCAAGCCAAGUCAUAUACAGGACAAGGCGUUGUUGGAAGCCCUACAUCUCUUGCAGAGAUAUUUGACACAGCUUUUUCUUCCUCUGUGGAUAGUCCUCAUGGAGAAGAAUUUCGGGGUGGAGAAAUGGAAUAUGAUCCUUUGUUUGCUGAAAGUGAUCAGGAUGAUGUUGAUGUUGUCUCACUUGAACAAUGUCCACAACAGUCUGAAGCAAACAUAGAUGACCCAUUGUAUUCCUCAUAUCGUCAUCGUCCCUCAACUGACACUUGCUAUAGGCGAACUUGGACAGGAUCUCAGGAACCGAUGCCAUAUUACAGAUUGUUUCCAGAAUCUCGUAUGGAGUGUGAUGGAGCAAUGGGUAGUACUGGCACAGAUUCAUACGAUGCAGCAAGACGCAAGAGAGUCCUCAGGGAAGGCGAUAGAACUGCCUCAACAAAACUUAAGGCAAAAAAGGGUGACCAUUCCAGACAUAGCUCUGCUGAGAGUGGGCCUUCAAGUAGUUUCCAAAAUGGUCGAGAAUCAGACAAACCAUCUCGUCAGCAUCACCAAAUGAACAUUCCAACAUUUCCACCAUCAAGUGGUGCACGCAAGAAGAACAUUCAUGUAUCUUCCUCAUCAUCGUCAUCUUCUCCAUCGUCAUCCUCAUCCUCAUCAUCCUCCUCCUCCUCGUCCUCUUCCUCCUCCUCUUCUUCUACAACUGCUUCUACCUCCAGGGAUAAAAACAUGUUCCCUAUGUUUACACCAGAAGGCAUGGAGUCAGAUUUAGAUGUUGAAGCUCAAAAUACUAGGAAACUUCAGAAUGGAAAAGUGGAGCCACCAGAUGAAAUUCAGACUCAACAAACUUCUUCAUCUAUAAAUGCAUGUCCAGGUCCAUCUGGCUUGCAGAGAAAUUCUCAUUGUGAUCAUUCUGAAGAUGGGCCUUCGGCCCCUGAUUUGCAACUGGAUUGGCUCUCUUCAAGUAGUGAUAGUGAUGACACUGAUGAUGACAGUGGAAUAGAGGUUAUUGGCGGUGUAACUAGCAAUACCAAUAACAGUCAAUACAAACAGUCUCCUCAGGCCACUAAUGAACAUCCAGUCACUGUUGUGGACCUGACUCAGGAAUCUGAUGAGGAAAUGUUUCCUGCAUCUUCAUCUCGACCAACUUACUCUACUUCAGCCACUAGAACAACACCAUCAACUGUAAUUACUGCUUCAACUCCUCCUCCUGUACGUUUCAUUCCCUACAGUCCCCCUCCAAGAGCUGCUCCACCUCCCCCUCUGAUUCGCUUCCGUCUCCCGUCCUGCCGUUACCAGUGCAAUAGUGGAGAAGUGCAGGAGGUCCCUAAUCAUGAAGCAAACGAGCAUCCUUGUAAUGUGUAUGGAAAUUGCGUGCAUCCAGCAUGCAUCAACCACAAUCCAAUAUGGCGUCACACUCACCCUAAUCCUCAGCCAUCUCGAUCAUGCACAACUAGUGGGACUCAUCCUUAUUAUUUAGAUUCUUCUCUUCAGAGGCUGUCACCCUUUCCUUAUGGACAACCGUCUCAAAUACACAAUGGAGGCGGAUUCCCUUAUUUCCCAUCACUACCUCCAACAGCCCAUCCUCCUCGUAUCUACCCUGUGCAUGAAAGGUUGUGGCAUGCCCAGCAGCGUAUGCAGGAAAUGCAGCGACGACAGCAUUCAAUACAUAUGCACAGUAGACCCCGGGACAACAUGUUUCUUGAUGUUUAUCAGCGCCCGAUGCCUCAGUCGUAUGGACCACUUCACACCCACAAUCACUCCCAUUCUCAUCCUCAUCAGCACCAUCACUCUCACUCCCACUCCCACUCUCAUUCCCACUCUCACUCCCAUUCCCACUCACAUUCUCAUUCCCAUAACCACCACCAGCCUCCACUGCCUACACCACAGCAACCAACGGUGUACAGUCGACCUGAAGUAGUGCCUACGCCUGGCCCCUCUGCUAUGAUGCCUCAGCCAGCAAUGGUUCCUGGUCAGUCUGAUGUUGAUCUUCUGUCCUCUGUUCCUCCUCAUAGUUCUAUUGUUCCUGAUAUACAGACUGAGAUAGUGGUUAGUUCACCACCUACUAUGGGCAUGGACAGUACACAUCAGCAUGUCCACCAUCACCUUUAUCAUUAUCACCAACCUGGCCACCGAAUGCAUCAUCUUCAUAUUAGUAUCGCCCCAACAGUUCCGAUGGCUCCUGGAGGUCAACGUCCUCAAGAAUUGGUUUUCCCCCCUGCAGUUCUCCCUGCUGAGCUCAUGCCAUUCCCUUUCCUUGCACGUCACAUGACAGCUCGUCUUGAAGAUUACAUGCGAGUGGUAGAGCAACGACGACUUGCUCAAAUGAAUCGUGGAGCUAGCCAAGAUACCAUUGAGAGAUACACGUUCCCUCACAAAUAUAAGCAGAUGAAACGAAGUACUGAUGAUUCUGAAGAUACCACAGAGAAGUGUACCAUUUGUCUGUCAGAAUUUGAAGACAAUGAGGAUGUAAGAGGUGAAGAGAAUUCGUUGAGUACAAUGAAUCCUGCUGUGAAUGUUAAAAAGGCAACAUACAUUUAUUGCUGGAUUCAUUUAUUUAUAUUCUUUAAUGAAAUAGAAAAUAUUUUAUUCCCAAAGAAAUUUAUUAUUGUUUAUGAAAACACUCAGCCAAAUAAGUUUCAUGGUAAAAUAUUGAAUGAGUUUUUAAUUAUUUAUGUUUAUUGUAAUGUUCUGACUUGCCAAUUCAAGUACAAAAUAUCAAAUCAUCAGUUUUGA